AAGAAGACCCGAAGACUCAAACCAUUAAAGGGCACUUCCAUCAUUAAACACGGCAUCGCCUUGUCCUGAAUGCAUGGUAACUACGAAAACUAAAAAUGUAGAACUCGAUUGAAACAAAUACCAGUUUUAAGAUUUGUAUAUUGAUUGUAUGAGUUGAUACAUUAUAACUUAUUCACCCAUAUUUAUACUUCUUCAAAAUCCAAUAUAUUUUUAUCUUUAGAAAAACUAUCUAAUCUACUACCUCAAAAGUUGGUAAUACAACCGAACAAAAUGUGGUCUUUUCCUGAUGCAUUUAGAUUUAAGUCAUUUCUAGGAUCAACACUAAUCUUAUCACGGCUAUUUGUUUGUUUCUGUACUUGAAGAAGAUCCCUGAUGGAUUUUAUUACAGAACUACUGAAGUUAAUAUGUUUAGAUUAGUAUUAGAGCCUUUGGUACAUAUACAUGAUGGAAAAUCAGCUAAAAUAUAUCUUCCCUACUCAGCUACAGUAACUACAGCUCAAGGUUGUGGAAACCCUCACAUAACAUCUUCUCUGGUUCCAUACCAAGGAAUGUUAACUUUCCAUAUCUCCUGAGUUUUUCAAGAACAGUCUCACAAGCUUUCCUAACACAUAGUUUCUCAAAACUGGAGGAUUUGGAGUCUGGAUUUGUCCUACAAUAAGCUAUAGACGGAAACAUCCCUCCUCAGCUUGCUGACCUCAACAAUACAUAGGCAAUGCUCAUCUUUGUUGGCCUUCCUACCAAUAAAAGUUUCAUUCCCAUAAGAGUCCCAGAAUUGAAAUGCAAUUAUUCUAUAUAUUAGGGGCAAAGAUGGCAAUCCCAGAAUCCUAAUCCGCCAAACUAGUAAUCCUCAAAGUCACACUCAUUAGACUAAUAUUCCAUGUUUUACUUUCCAACUAGGCUCAUAACUAACAUCCAUGUGUCCUAGGUUCUUAACAAAAAGUCCAACAUGAUCUCAUCACUCAGGUAAUCUAAAUCCUUCUUGAUGAAAAGAAUCAGACACACACCUGACACCUCUACAAUCUCUGAAAACAUGAUUAAUAACAAGAGCUUCCUUUUCUCGAUCAUCCUAUAUUUUUCUCUUACAAUCACAACAAGUGUUAUCCUUGUCUCUGCUCAAGAUCAACAGUGCUUGGCCAAAGGAUCUUUCAACACAAACAGCACUUUCAACAAGAACCGUCUCCUUCUCCUCUCUUCACUUCCUUCUAACGUCACUUCUCAAAACAACUUCUUCUACAACUCUUCUCUAGGCCAAGAUCGAGACAGAAUCUACGCUCUAGCGAUGUGUAUUCCCGACACCGAAACAGAGGACUGCUCAAACUGCGUCAAGACCACUUCCGAUGGACUUAUCAAGACCUGUCCUAACAGCACCGAAGCUUUUCAUUGGUCGGGUGGUGAAAAAACUCUCUGUUUCGUACGUUACUCGACCCGUUCUUUCAUUGGCUCACCAGAUAUGGACCCGCGUCAGAUUCUUCCCAACGCUACGGAUAUCAGAUCGAACUUAACUGACUUUGAUGGGAUUUGGCAAGAUCUGAUGCUUCGUAUGGUGGAAUCAGCUUCAUCAAAGUACUAUGAAGCUGAGACCACACCCUUGACAAGCACGAGUUCUAGAGAUACGAUGACGAUCUACACGAUCAUGCAGUGUACUUCUGAUGUAUCUAACGCUGAGUGCAACACAUGUUUGAGAAAUAGCGUUGGGGAUUAUCAGAACUGUUGCCGUGGGAAACAAGGAGGUCUUGUUACUCGUCCUAAUUGUGUUUUCCGGUGGGAGUUUUAUCCUUUUUACGGAGCCUUUCGUAACACUUCACCACCGGCUAAGAAAGACGGUUCUUCAACGGUGAAAAUUGUUGUCCCAGUUCUUGUUGUUGGCUCCUUAUUGAUUCUAGCGGUGGUUGGCUACGUUCUUUACAGGAGGAGGAAGAAAAAUAAUAAGGACAGUUUGAGAGAGGCUUAUCAAGAACUUGAUACUGCAGAAGUUGAGGCUCUAUCUUCAUUGAAAUUCGAGUUCCGUGUUAUUCAAGCUGCGACUAGUGACUUCUCUGAAGAGUCUAAGCUCGGGGAAGGUGGAUUUGGUCCAGUGUACAAGGGAAAGCUUCAAAACGGCGAAGAAAUAGCGGUGAAGAGAUUGGCUUUAAGUUCAGGGCAAGGAGAAGAAGAGUUCAAGAACGAGGUUUUGUUAUUAUCUAAGCUUCAACACAGGAAUCUAGUUAAGCUACUAGGUUUUUGCUUGAAAGGCGAAGAGAGACUUUUGAUCUACGAGUUUGUUCCCAAUUCAAGCCUUGAUCAUUUCAUAUUCGAGGUUGCGAAACAAGACCAUACACUGUCCUUGAAGGCUAGUUGGAGCACACGGUACAGCAUUAUCGAAAACAUAGCUAGAGGGAUUCUCUAUCUACAUGAAGAUUCUCGUCUCAAGAUCAUUCACCGUGACUUGAAGCCUAGUAACAUUCUUUUAGAUUACCAGAUGAACCCCAAGAUUUCUGAUUUUGGGAUGGCGAGAUUGUUCGAGUCAGAUGAUCAUACACAAGGCCUAACAACAAGCAGAGUCAUGGGAACCUACGGUUAUAUGGCACCAGAGUACAUAGCAUGA